AAUUCACAUUGGAUGGAACCACAUACAAUUUACAUGUAAAUAAUGGACCCAAUAGUUUACAUGGUGGAGCAGUAGGUUUUAAUAAGGUGCUGUGGUCUUGCUCUGUUGAGGGUGAAAAAGUUAAUAUGUUCUACUGGAGUAAAGAUGGGGAGGAAAACUAUCCUGGUGAUGUCACAAUACGUGUGACAUAUGAGUUAAAUGAUGAAAACGAACUCAGUUUGGAUUUCUCUGCUAUAUCCAACAAAGCUACCCCUAUAAAUCUGACAAACCAUUCUUACUUUAACCUUGCUGGUCAGGGUGCCAAAGAUGUCUAUGACCACUUAGUGACAUUUAACAGCAAUAAAUACUUGUUAAAGGAUGAACAUGGAAUACCUACUGGAGAGGCAAAUGUAGAAGGAACUGUUUUCAACUUUACAACACCGACGCUAAUUGGAGACAGAAUACAUGAUGCUCCUAAAGAAGAUCGUGGUUUUGAUCAUUCCUUUGUUCUUCCACACGAAAAGAAAAAGAAAUUUGCUGCAAGGGUGGAGCAUGCAAAAUCUGGCAGAUGUUUGGAGGUGUAUACGACAGAUACAACCGCCCAUCUGUAUACUGGGAACUUCUUGGACAAUGUUCCUGGGAAAUCUGGUGCAAUCUAUGGACAGCAUUCAGCAUUUUGUGUAGAAUGUCAGAAUUAUGUUGAUGCAAUUAACAAGCCUGAAUUCCCAAACUCUGUUCUUCGACCAGGAGAAACCUACAGACAAACCACUUGGUAUAAAUUCAGCACUACAAAAUAACAUUUUGUAAUACAAACAUACAUAUUUUGUACAUACAAUAAAAGACUGUGAUAUGAUAUGAUCUGGACAUUAUCAAUACGUCAAUGAUCUACAUGUUUAUAACAGUGGUUGCUAAUAAAUAGGUUACUAAUGGUCCACA